AUGGCAAGUAUCUCAUUUUCGACGGCUUUGGAACCUUAUCCAAUGUAUCCCGUACAUUUAUUAUAUAAAUUAGAAUAUCAAAAUGAUAAAAAGACUUGUUGCCAAAGAACAAUAUUUUUUGAUGAUCUUGAUUUUCACUUGGUCAAUCAAUAUUUACAAGAAGCUACUUACGUACGACGGGAAGGCAUUCAUGCAUAA